AUGCGCUUAAUAUUAAAUCUCAAAAAGCUUAAUACUUUUAUUGAUCCAAAACAUUUUAAGUUGGAAGAUAUUCGAACAGAUUUGAAGCUGAUGAUGAAAGGACACUUCAUGGCCAGUAUUGAUCAGCAAGACGCGUAUUUAACUAUUCCAAUUCAUGAAAAUUAUUGUAAAUUUUUACGAUUUCGGUGGAAAGGGCAAUUGUAUGAGUAUGUGUGUUUACCUUUCGGUUUGUGCACAGGGCCUUGGUUAUUUACUAAGAUUACAAAACCCAUUAUCAAUUAUUUGAGAAGUUUGGGAUGGGUAUCAGUUGUAUAUCUAGACGAUUGGUGGUUAACUUCUAAGACAAUGAAAGAUUGUAAAGAAAAUGUUUCUGUCACUAGAAAAUUGUUAGAAUCGUUAGGAUUUGUUAUCAAUGUUGACAAAAGCGAUCUAUGUCCAUCAACUACUUGUCAAUUCCUAGGAUUUGUUUUAGAUUCUAGUGCAAUGACUUUAGAAUUAACUCAAAAAAAGAGAGAACAUAUUUUAGAAUUAGUUAAGAAAUUCAAAACAAUUGAUACCUGUGUAAUUAGAGAUUUCGCCUGUUUUGUAGGUAAUAUUAUAGCAGCUUGCCCAGCUGUUAAUUAUGGCUGGUUUCAUUCCAAGUUAUUUGAACGUCAAAGGUACUUAGCGUUACUUUAUUCUCACGACAAUUAUGACUCAAAUAUGCGACUAGAUCAAUCCUUGAGGACAGAGUUUGAAUGGUGGGAAGAGAAUAUUUUAACUGCUAAAAAUCCAAUUCGUCAAUAUGAAUAUAAGAUAACAAUUUUUUCUGAUGCUUCAUUAACGGGCUGGGGAGCUUCGUGUAAUGAUAAAGUCGUUUUUGGUCAAUGGGAUUCGAGGGAAAGUUCCUUUCAUAUUAAUUGUUUGGAGUUAAUUGCAGCAUUUAAUGGUUUAAAAGCUUUUGCUUCUCAUUUAUCAAAUUGCGAGAUUCUAUUAAAAAUUGACAACUCAACAGCUAUCGCGUACAUUAAUAGAAUGGGUGGAAUUAAAUGUCAAAAUUUAAAUAAUGUUACUCGCGAUAUAUGGUCCUGGUGUGAGCAACGAAACCUUUGGUUAUUUGCGACACAUAUUCCAUCAAUAGAAAAUGUAAUAGCUGAUUCAGCAUCUAGAAUUAAUAAUAUUGAUACGGAGUGGGAAUUGGCUCCUUGGGCUUUUAGACAAAUUUAUAAUCUAUUUGGUCAGCCGCAAAUAGAUUUAUUUGCAUCUGUAAAUAAUAAGAAAUGUGUCGAUUAUUGUUCCUGGCACAGGGAUCCCGAAGCUUUUUGUAUAGAUGCUUUUACUAUUAAGUGGGACACUUUUUAUUUUUAUGCGUUCCCACCUUUUUCCUUGAUUUUAAAGACUCUUAGAAAAAUUCAAGUAGACCAAGCUUGCGGUAUUGUAGUGGUACCAGAAUGGUUUACUCAACCCUGGUACCCUCUUUGGUUGUCUUUAUUAAUACAACCCCCCAUUUUUUUUAAACCAUCUGAUAAUUUACUACUUGAUCCCUGUAGGAGGCUACAGCAUCCACUAGCCGGCAAGCUGACCCUAAUGGCAGGGAGAUUAUCAGGCAAGCUUUCGAAAAACGUGGGAUAA